CCGAGGGGGCGCGGGGACACGGCCGGGCGCCCCUGCCCGCCGCGGAGCCCGCCGCCUGAAGGCUGCCCGGGGCGCGGAGCCGGCGCCGGCGCGGCGCGGGCGCAGGAGGCAUUCCAGGCGCGAUGUCGGUGCCGCUGCUCAAGAUCGGGGUUGUGCUCAGCACCAUGGCCAUGAUCACCAACUGGAUGUCCCAGACGCUGCCCUCGCUGGUGGGCCUCAACACCACCAAGCUCUCGGCGGCCAGCGGCGGGACGCUCGACCGCAGCACCGGCGUGCUGCCCACCAACCCUGAGGAGAGCUGGCAGGUGUACAGCUCUGCCCAGGACAGUGAGGGCAGGUGCAUCUGCACGGUGGUCGCCCCCCAGCAGACCAUGUGUUCACGGGAUGCCCGCACGAAACAGCUGAGGCAGCUACUGGAGAAGGUGCAAAACAUGUCUCAAUCCAUAGAGGUCCUGGACAGGCGGACUCAGAGGGACUUGCAGUACGUGGAGAAGAUGGAGAGCCAAAUGAAAGGACUGGAGUCCAAGUUCAAACAGGUGGAGGAGAGUCAUAAGCAACACCUGGCCAGGCAGUUCAAG